AUCGAUUGCUCAUUUAACUUUUCUCACAGAGCAUGGCUCACAGGUUUUCUUCUGUGGUGCGAACGAUCAGCAGAGAUCCCCGAAUAUUUCUCCACCGUCAAAAGCGUCAUUUCAGCCCUGUCUUAUUAUCACGAAGCAUGGCUUCAAGAAUUGAGACUGACAGUUUUGGAGAAAUAGAAGUUCCAGCUGGUAAAUACUACGGAGCGCAGACAGCGAGAUCAAAGCUGAAUUUUCCUAUUGGUGAUGAAACUGAACAUAUGCCGGCUCCAGUGAUUCGUGCAUUUGGUUUCUUGAAGAAGGCAGCUGCAGAGGUCAAUAAGGAGUUUGGUUUGGAUGCAAGUGUAGCUGAUAACAUCAUGAAAGCAGCAGAUGAGGUGAUAUCUGGGAAGCUGAAGGACCAUUUUCCCUUAGUUGUUUGGCAGACAGGUUCUGGGACACAGUCCAACAUGAAUGUUAAUGAAGUGAUCAGUAAUCGUGCCAUUGAGCUGAUGGGUGGCGAGAUGGGAUCAAAAAAACCUGUCCAUCCUAAUGAUCAUGUCAGCAAAAGCCAGAGCUCUAAUGACACAUUUCCAACGGCAAUGCAUAUAGCAGCAGCAAUGGAGGUGCAUGAACGUCUCUUACCAGGACUAAGAAAGCUUCAUGGUGCACUUCAGGCUAAGAGCACAGAUUUCAAGGAUCUUGUUAAGAUUGGUAGAACACAUACACAGGAUGCUACGCCCAUAACUUUAGGCCAAGAAUUCAGCGGUUAUGUUAAACAGAUAGAGUAUGGUAUUGCAAGGGUGGAGGGCACCCUUACAAGAGUAUAUGAGCUGGCUAUUGGUGGAACAGCUGUGGGCACAGGACUGAACACAAGAAUAGGAUUUGCUGAAAAGAUGUCAGCUAAGAUUGCAGAGUACACUAAGCUACCAUUCACAAGUGCACCAAACAAAUUUGAAGCCCUUGCAGCUCACGAUGCCAUGGUAGAGCUUCAUGGAGCACUCAAUGUGAUUGCUUGUAGUUUGAUGAAGAUUGCAAAUGAUAUCAGGUUUUUAGGCUCAGGUCCUCGCUGUGGAUUGGGUGAGCUGACGCUUCCUGAGAACGAACCUGGGAGCAGUAUCAUGCCAGGCAAGGUUAACCCAACCCAGUGUGAGGCCAUCACCAUGGUUGCAGCUCAAGUCAUUGGCAAUCAAACAGCUGUGUCAGUUGGUGGAAGUAAUGGUCAUUUUGAAUUGAACGUCUUCAAGCCAAUGAUAAUCAGAAAUGUUCUGCAGUCAACACGGCUUAUUGGAGAUGCCUGUGUAGCCUUUACAGAUAACUGUGUUGUGGGAAUUCAAGCUAAUGUGGAUAGAAUCAACCAGUUGCGUGAUGAGUCACUCAUGUUAGUGACAGCAUUGAACCCUCAUAUUGGUUAUGACAAUGCCGCCAAGAUUGCAAAGAAAGCUCACAAAGAAGGCACAACUUUGAAGGAAGCUGCUAUAAGCCUGGGAUUGUUAACAGAAGAACAGUUUGCACAGUGGGUGAGACCAGAAGACAUGUUAGGACCAAAGUGAAAAAUAUUUAACAUUGGUGGGACACGAGUUGAAGCAAAAUGAAAAACCUCAAGUUUUCAACUCACAUUUUCCAACUUUUACUAGGUUUUAAGACAAUUUAACAAUUUGUGCAAGUUAUCAAGUUUACAACUGAGCUAAUUUCAAAGCAUUUGCCUUGAAACUUAUUUUGCAAUCCAGAUGCAGUAUUGGUAGUCCAUUUAAUUUAAAGACAAUACAUAUAGAUGUACAUGUACAUGUUGUUCUUGAAAUUAAAUGCCCACUAUUCCAGUGCAGUGAAAUUACGCAAAGGGGUGACUUCAAAAUUAAAGUACCUAGCUGAGAGUUGCACAAAAAGAACACCUCCCAGAAACGUAAUGUGUUUAAUUGGGCCAAGCUGUGUGGUGGAUUUGGGUUGUAUUUUUAAUGUUAUUCUGCAAUUUGUGAAACACAGCAGCUGUGACUUGGUGGUAAGGCAAUAAAGUAAAUUUGCUGUUUCA